AAACAAAAAACAAGCUUCAGCUGCUGUUACCCGGAUAAAAGAGAGUGAGUACUGGUGGAGCAGAAACCACAGGGUCCUCAACCAAAAAUGCUUAUUAAUCAUGUUGCAAAUACUUCUUUAUUACCCAUCAGUGGUCCCCUGGCCUGGCUAGUUGGUGUAGCAGAGGCCUUCAGAAAAAUCAUAAAAGAGGCAGUAUGGCUAAUAUUAAUACAGACAUAACCACGUCACUUGAUAAUGACUACUUUUAGAGACUCACGGGGGAGACUUUGCCCCAGGGUGAGGUAGAACCUGGACAUGUCUGGGAGAGAAAAGCAUGAACUUCUGAGUCAGAUCUGAAUUCAAAUUCCAACACUCUCAUUGUACUCACUCACUCACUCAUUUUUUCAUGCAUUUGCUAAGGGAAAUUAAUUGGGCACUCAUGACGUGCCAGGUACCGUUCUAGACCCUGAGAAAACCGUCAUGAGCCAAACAAAAUCCCUACCCUCCUGGAUCUGACAUUCUAGCUAGGGAGGUGGAUGUGGGGGAUAAGAGACAAAUAAUAAACAAGUGGACAAAGAAAUAAGUCAUUUCAGAUAGCAGUAAAUAUUGAAAAGAAAAGAAACCAGUGUGUCUUGCUAGCAAGAAGCUAGGGGGCUGAUUUGCAGUAGGUAUUAGGGAAGGCCUUUGUGGAGAGUUGAUGUUUGAUUUGAGACGGGAAUAAUGAGAUGCAGUCAGCCAUGAGAUGAUCUGUGAAAGUCUCCAAGAGGGAGUAGCAGUGCUAAGGCCCUGAGGUGACCCGCUCCAAGAACUGACAAAAGUCAUUGUGAAUAGCUCUGUGACAUUAGGUGAAUUACUUAGCCUCUGUGCACUGCUGGAAAAUGAGGAGGAUCAUACCAACCCCUCAAGGUUACAAUGAGGAUUCAAUCAGACAACAGCUGUAAGACGCAAUAGCUAGGGCCUGUGCACAACAGGUGUUCAGUAAAUAUUAGCUAUUAUUUGGACAAUAUUAUUAUUAACUUAAGAAGGAAAGAAUGGGCCUGGAUGGUAAAAAGGAUGAGAGAAAGAAGUUUUUGUGUCUUAUCCUUCCAGAAUCCAAAAUUCAGGAUACAGUAUGAGCAAGGCUCUGAGAAGGGGCUUCUGAUCAUGACUCCAGGACAUCCUAGAUACCAAUAUUAAUAAUAAUUAGCAUUAUCGUAAUCGCUACGGCCAUUCAUUGGGCACCUACGACAUUCCAGACACUCUGCUGGGUACCUGAUGUCCGUCGGCCCCUCUGCCCCUGGGGUAGGCACUGUUAUUAACACCCCCAUUUUACAGAGGCUCGGAGCCAAUAGUCACCAAGUCUGGAGCAAAGCCGGGAGGCCAGCAUGAGGCCCAGACACCGCCAACCUGAUGACCUUUGGCCGGUCGUUCCUCUGAUGUGGGGUUACAGGGGCAGGACACUUCUGCCCCACUCUCCAUCUUCACCAUUCUCCCGGCCUGGAGGGGCUGGGAGGAGGCAGAGAGGAGAGCCCCUUCUCCAGGGACCCCGCCCCAGCCUGCUCCCCACCCACACUGCCACCAACCCAGCGCUAGAGAAGAGUGCACACCUGGCGGUGACUUCCCAGCCCACAGCUGGAGCCCGGGACCUGGGGAGGCGGAGGUUGGGCCGGGAAUGGGCGGGGCCAGUGCGGGGGCGGGGCCAAGGCUGCGUACUUGACUGUGCGCUCUAGGGGACCCCACUCCCGACAGGGCGACUUCCCCUGAGCCACCGCAGGACGGAAAACGGUAUGAGGUGUCCUCUGGGCGCCGCCGGCUCCGGCCACAGCCCUGCCUGGAGAAGCAUGCUUCUAACAGGCAGCCUGCUGGUAUUCUUCACCUGCUCUGCCUCCUCGGAGCUGCCCUCUUCUGGGUCUCUGGACCCCUUGACCGAAGGAGCCGAUGCCCACCUGCCAGUCCCCAGAAGCCUCGAUGGGGUUCUGUCUACUUCUUGGUUCCGAGGGCACGAGGCCCAGCCAGAAGCCAUGAUCUUCUCCCCUGAGGGCCUCCCAGGGCCCGGCCACACUGGCCGGGAGACGCUGGAUACCCAAGGCAGCCUGGUCGUCAGAAAUGUGACAACUCAAGAUGCAGGCAGCUACACCGUGGUUUUGGAAAGCAGCAGGGGACGCAGGAGUGUGAUGGCGCAGAUACAGGUCCAUGCCAACUCUGAUGGGGUGCUGCCGCUGACAUUCCCGGGGAAUACACAAGGUAUCCUCCGGAGUGAACUCAACUACUCAGUGAUUCUGCAGUGGGUGGCUUCCAUCGAACCUGAACCUGUGCUAUGACGGACCUUCAAUGGGCAUCCUCGUGGGAUCGGGGAGAGGCUGAUUAUCCAGAGGUUGUCCUUGGAGGACCUGGGCACCUACGUACGCUUGGCCGAGGAUAGCCAGGGAAAGUAUUUCUCCCAGCCUGUGACUAUCACGCUGCCACAAGCCGUCGUGGAUCCCACAGACCCUGUGCCCAUCAAGCCGAACCCUACCCUCUCCCCAUCAGGAAGCUCUGCCUUUGCCCUCACUGCGGCCGCACCUGUGGUACUGGUCGGAAGCGCGGUCUUCACCAUAAUCUGGAAGCUAAGGUACCUGCCUUCCCUCCUUCCCAUCCAGUCAGCCCCCACAAGGUGCAGAGCUCAUUCCGCAGCAAGACUGAAGCCAAACCAACUGCCUCGUCCCAAGGAGCUUAAAGCUCAUUCGGAGAGGAUGCCAUUGACCCCUGAUGUGCCCAUCCAACUCGUCAGUUCCCAAAGUGGCCCCAGGGGCGCAAAGAGACAGGAGAGGUUCGGAGGUGUGUCUUUGCCACAAUGAGGGCAAAGGCAGAGCUUGUUCAUCCCUUCCUUUUUGUCAAAGAGGAAACAAAGGCUGAGAGAGAACUGUGCCCCAGACCGCACAGCUGAAGAAGCAUUCGAACCCAGAAUACUGCCUCACUCAGUUCUAGCCCCUAACCUACGCUGCCUCUUUUCCGUCAUUAACAAUACAAGCCUUUGCAGCUGACAUACUAAGGAAGAGAAAUCUGAAUGUUGAAAUGGUUUGGAAAGGCGCUGUGGACCAGCUGGGAGGGACUGGGGCCAGGUCUCCUGUCCAUGAGUGCCGUGUGGAACCUUCUAGGGGUCGGGGAGGGCCAGGCUGCUGCUGAAGCAGCCACAUCGUCUUCGUCCCUGUGGCUCUCAUUUCCUGGGCCCUCAGUAAGUGCCAGGAGCCCUCAAGUCAUGGCUCUCAGGAUGGGUGCUGUUCUUGUCCUCAUUUCCCACAUGAGUAGAACCAAACCUCAGAGAAAUCCAUCAACUUUCCCAAAGGACAUGCCGCUGACAAAGAGCUGACCCUGAAUCAAACCCAGGUCUGACUCCAAAGUCAUGUGCUUAGAGGGGAAAGGCGAGAAAUCGGGCUGGUGUGAAAAAUCCUCACCCAGACCCCCUGCAAUCCCUCCCUCCAUGAGCGGCAGGAGGGGUCACUUCCUGUCCUCCCCGCCAUCUUGGCCAAUACCUAUUAUGGCAGACCAAUGCUGACAUCAUCCAGAAGGAACCAGCCUUGUCCAAUCAGCUGUGACCUUGGAGAUGAGGUCAUGAGGACAAGCAUGGCUUGCCCCAGUGGAGAGGGGCAAUCUUCAGAAAAGAGGGGUCUGGGCUGGGAGGCACCCUACACACACGUCUACGAUACUCAUCAAGGGCCAAGAGAGAUCCCCGUGGUUUAUAGUGAAGGCCAUGGACCCUGAAGCCAGGUCCCUUCGGUUCAUCCCAGCUCUGCCAUAUGCUAGCAUGUGGGACGACUUUGGGUGACUCGUUUAACUGCUCUGUGGGCCAUCAGUAAAACAAGGAUAACGGUAACAUAAUACCUGCCUCAAAGGAUAGGUGUGUGGAUUACGGAAGAUGGUGGGAGUAAAGAACUCUAAACAAUGCCUGGCACGUGGGGAGCCUUCAAUGACUGUCAGCCACAUGUAUUAUUAUUAUUGUUUUUGUUAUUAUUAAUAUUUAUCUCUCUCUCUUCACUGUAGGUGUGGCUGACAAAGAAGAAAUGGCUGAACCGCUUUGGGUUUUUUUUUUCAGUUUAAAUAAAUUGAAUAAAAAUUUAAAAAACAAAUAAAUGAAU